AUGUCCCAAGCUUUCGCUGUUCUCAUCCACUGCUCGGGGCCAGCGAAAGCUUCCCCCGUAAAAUUUGUCAACAUGCUACGGGAUUCGGAUAUAGAUUCCAUGAACACUGAUCUCUCUAAAUUGUCCCGAGCAAAUGAAGAGCACCACGACAAUGUGCAAACUUUGCUGAAGAAGUUCAAAGACCUUUUGGAUGACUACAGCUCUCUGAAAAGUGACUACGAAGAAGACCGCAAUCCUUUUGUUCUGGUCCUUGUCGAUGGCGAUGGAUACCAGUUUCAUGAGAGGUAUAUCAAGGCUGGGAGUGAGGGCGGAAUCAAUGCAGCCCGCGAGCUGAAUGACUCUGUUAGAGAGCUAAUGCAUGCCACCAUGGGGAUGCAAGCUGACCAAUGCCGUAUCAUGGUGCGCGUCUACGCUAAUAUUUUGGGAUUGUCCAAACUCCUCGCUCGCGCUGGCUUGGUGGGACACGAAGCACGCGCCUUGGCACCUUUCACGUCUGCGUUCAACCGUGCCCAGGAUUUGUUUGAUUUUGUAGAUGCUGCGGAAAAGAAGGAAGGUAGCGAUUUCAAGAUCAGAGAAAUGUUCCGACUUUUCGUUGAUCUAAAUCAAUGUCGCCAUAUCUAUUUUGCGGGCUGCCAUGACACCGGGUUCGUCUCUAUGCUGGCGCCCUACCGGGGACGGAGUGAUCGCAUUACUCUCAUCAAAGCCGCUUCCUUCCACCGUGACUUCGAGGACCUGGGCCUACCAAUCAAGGAGCUACCUGCCGUAUUCAUGUCAGGGCCUCUAGUUGGCACAAAGUCAUCCCCUGUACACUCCAUCAAUACCAAGAUGGCUCCUGCUCCCCCCCCAAUGGCACUAAGGCAAUUUGCAAACACUUCCAAAAGUCUACAGGGGAGGAGUCACCCAAACCUUUCUGGUCUACUACCCCUGUUGUGGGUCGGUCCCGAAGACUUCCUCUUCGCUACGUUACCACCCCCUAGUCUCAAAUCCGAAGAAUUUAUCCCGAUCAAUAAGGAUGGUGAACGUCUCGACACUUAUUGUGCCCACCCAUCCCCGGAUGCCUUCGAUGCAUACCACCGUCGUGCCAAAGAAGCCAAAGUCUGCAAUAGCUAUCACUUAUCCGGCGAAUGUGGCGACAUGAACUGCCAUUAUGAUCACAGCGAUGUCUCCAACACUAUCAUCGAUGUCCUCCGGUACAUUUGUCUGCAGCAUCCAUGCCCCCGAGGCGGAUCGUGUCGAUCCAUUAAAUGCUACAUGGGCCAUAUUUGCCAGAAGCCCAACUGUAAGGCUGUCAAAAGUUGGCAAUGCCGGUUCAACCUCCGCGCGCAUUCUGUUGACCUCCAGGUCGCGCAGUGGGUUGCGCCAAUCGACCAACCUGAAGAAGACCACCGAUCUUCGAUCAGCGCCGAAUCGUUUGAAAGCAAUUCUCCCAGCACGGUCUUCUUCAGCUAA